AUGCCGCCAAGAGUGAGAGGCAAAGGAAAGGGUCCAAUGCGAGGUGGACCAUCAGCACACGCAGGACCUUCCAAUCGUUUUCUAGUUCAGAUUCCCGUGACCAUUGGGCUUCAAGCAGUCUCUCCACCACCUUUACCUAUUGAGGAGCCGCCUCAACAGCCACCUCAACCACCUCCUGAGCCGCCUAGGCGAAGGAGGAAUACACGAAUAUCUGUGCGAGGAGGACCUCGGUUCAGUUCUCCUAAAGGUUCAAGUUCUUACCCUCCUAUCCCCGAGGACCCACAAAUGGGUGGACCCUCGCACGCGGUACCGGGCAAUGAUCCUCCGCCGGUUUCUUAUGCACCACCGCCAGUGGGUUUUGAUAACCCAAUACCAACAUACCCAGGUUCAUCUGGAUAUAAUCCAUCUGGAUACCCAACGAAUUAUGGAACCCAUGAUCCAUAUCUUACUGCUGCUCAGUACAAUGCCCUUUAUCCUUCUUCUUACCCUCCAGUUUACCCAACUGGAUAUCCGGUGCAGGGGUAUCAAUACCCCCGAUAUCAACAACCUCCUCCUCCCCAACAAGAGCAAACCCAAGAAAUACUACAGAGGUUAGACAGGGUUGAGCGUGAAGCAGAUGAUACUAAAAAGAAGCAUAACAGCUUUCUCAAGGGCCUUGCAAGUCUCAUCAAAGAACACGAAUCAUGGCUGGCUCUGAUGAAGCAAACAGUCAUCCCGUGGAAAAAAAACAACAAUACCCGGAUUAAUAUCACUGGUGCUGAAUUGCAUGCGAUGAUAACCGCAGAAGUUGCUCAGGCUGUGGAUGAUAAGUUUAAGGAGCCGAGUAAUGUUCGGUCCAAAACUCAUUCAAAGUCCCAUUCUCAUUCGCAUACACUGAAGAAAGAUGAGUCUCAACACUCGUCUAAUCAAAGAAGUGAACCUCAGAAGCAGAUUGUCCUUGAACCAACUUCCAGGUACACCAAGGGAUGUACCUAUAAAUACUUCGUAUCCUGUAAACCGAGUGAUUUCACAGGAGAAAAGGGAGCAAUCGAUUGCAUGAAAUGGUUGGACGAGAUGGAGACUGUGAUAGACAUCAAUGGAUGUGUUAAGGAAGACAUAGUGAAGUUUGUGUCUCAAUCUUUCAAGGGCGAUGCCCUCACUUAG